AAAUAAAAAGUACAAAUCCUUUUCUUUUCAGGUUUGGGCCAUUUCCCCCUUUCCAAGUGGAAAACUACAUUUCCCAUGGUGCACAAGGGCUUUUGGGGGCCGAAUCAGCUGAUCUGGGUUGUGAAAUGUCCCUUAUUUCCUGUCCAACACGCCUGGAAAUAACUCGUGUGCACCCACCUCUCAUCUUCCCUUCGUCAGGUGAUUGAAGAGCAGGAUUCUGAUUUAGAAACCGAGCUGAUGAGCUGGACUGAUACUCGGGGAAACUGCUUCGUUUGGGGAAAAAAUGUCGUGAAGAGGUAACACCCUGUGCCCUGUGGGCUUCAUGGGAGAAGAGAUUAAGAGGAAACUUGGAAGAGAAAACUGAGUUUUCUUUCCAGACUGAAGCUGAGGACUUGGUCAAGAAAAAAAAAAACCCACAAGAUGUCUCCUGAAUCAAAAAAACUUUUCAACAUCAUUCUUUUGGGAGUCUCGUUUAUGUUUAUUUUCACUGCUUUCCAAACAUGUGGAAAUAUUGCGCAAACUGUUAUCACAAACUUAAACAGCACGGAUUUUCAUGGCAGUGGCUACACAAGCAUGUCCAUUAUUUAUGGAGUGUUCUCUGCAUCAAAUCUUGUCUCACCUUCAGUGGUUGCAAUAGUAGGACCUCAACUCUCCAUGGUUGUUAGUGGCAUAUUUUAUAGCCUAUAUAUUGCAGUUUUUAUCCAACCUGCUACGUGGACUUUCUACACUGCUUCUGUUUUUAUUGGCAUUGCAGCUGCAGUACUCUGGACUGCACAGGGAAAUUGCUUGACUGUAAAUUCUGAUGAAAACACCAUUGGAAGGAACAGUGGAGUAUUUUGGGCACUCUUACAGUCCAGCUUGUUUUUUGGAAACCUCUACAUAUACUUUGCUUGGCAAGGAAAAACUCACAUAUCAGAGAGUGAUCGCAGAACUGUCUUCAUUGCUCUGACUGUUAUCAGUCUGGUGGGCACAGUUCUGUUCUUUCUGAUUAGGAAACAAGAGGACACAAAGGCUCCAGGGGAGGAGGAUUCUGUUAAUGAAAUCCUGGGGGACAGCUCGUCUGCACAAGGCAAAAUGACAAGAGCAGUGGCUGCCUUCAAGAAAUCUAUAAAGCUGAGCUUCACCAAAGAGAUUCUGCUGCUCAGUGUGACAACAGCCUACACAGGUUUGGAAUUAACAUUCUUCUCUGGAGUGUAUGGAACAUGUAUUGGUGCUGUCAACAGGUUUGGCAGUGAAGAGAAAAGCCUUAUUGGUCUCUCUGGUAUUUUUAUAGGUGUUGGAGAAAUUUUAGGUGGAGGGCUCUUUGGUUUGCUGAGCAAGAAUAACCACUUUGGCAGGAACCCUGUAGUGAUGCUGGGCAUCAUUGUCCACUUCAUUGCCUUUUAUUUAAUCUUUUUCAACAUGCCAAGUGAUGCCCCCAUUGCUCCCAUGGAAGGAACAGAUGAUGUUGCUUAUAUGAUCCCAAGCAAAGAGGUGGCCAUCUUCUGCAGCUUUCUGUUGGGCCUGGGGGACAGCUGCUUUAACACCCAGCUCCUCAGUAUUUUAGGAUUCCUGUAUUCAGAAGACAGUGCUCCUGCCUUUGCCAUCUUUAAGUUUGUUCAGUCCAUCUGUGCUGCAGUUGCCUAUUUCUACAGCAACUACUUCCUUCUGCAGUGGCAGCUCCUGAUCAUGGUGGUUGUGGGCUUCUUUGGAACAAUUACCUUCUUCACAGUGGAGUGGGAAGCAGCAGCAGCUCUUGCUGCCCGUGGCUCAGACUACAGCAGCAUUUGAUCUGGAUUCCACAUCCCAUCCAACAGGAGAUAAAACCCAAGCACCUCGACUGUGACAGGAUUGCAAGCAGGUGAAAAGCUGAAGUGGCUGCAGAGCUUAAGAUGGAGGAAGCUCCUAUUCAAUCACCAUCAGUCUAACUGGAUGUCAAUCAUGGGAGGAAAAAAGUGCCAAGUUAGAAAGGCUUUUUUUUUCUUGUUUUAAUCAGCUGAGCAUGGCAUGCAUGGCCUAAAAACCCAGUGUUGGAAAUGGAAUGAAAGGCAGAGAUCUUUCUCUUGAACAAGUCUGUUCUGAGCCCUGCCUUUCAGGGUGUAAUUGCCUAAUUUCACUCUACCAUGCACUGCAGAAUUGCAGUUUCUUUUUUUCCCCCCCUUAAAUUUUCCUAUAUUGCAGUUUUGCAGGCACUUGCCUUCUUGUAUUGAGUGAGUGGUAUUUUUAUAAGGUACAUUAUGUCACAGAGUGUCUGCACCACUGAGAAAUCAAUUUGUGUCCCUGACUUCUUCCACAGUUAGAUAUGUGGAAGUAUUUCUGUGAGAAAUGUUGCCCUUCUUAUUCUCUAUCACCCAGUUCCUUGUUUUCCAACUGAUUCAUCUAUUUCAUGGGCUUAUAUUUUAUCAGAGGCAGGGGUUGAUUUGGAGAAAGUGAAUCAGGCUGCAGUGUGACAUGAAGGGUUUUAUAAGAAUUUGAAGGAGUUUUUCUCAGCCACCUGAAGGAAGUGAUCCUGGGAACAGUGAGGAGUUGAUAACUGAGAACAGUCUCUUGGUUCAGCAUCUCAGAGGUGACCUGUUGGGAUGGCUGCAGAUGCUGCCUCAGGGUGGAAGGACCAUAAGACAUGACUUCCCUCCCUGACUCCCAAAUCCUGCUUUUGAGUUCAGUGGCGUUUUGUCCCUGCCCAUGCAGGGGGGGUUGGAACUAGAUGAUCUUUGAGGUCCCUUCCAACCCAAACCAUUCUCUGAUUGUCACCCAGUCAAUUUCCCAGUUGCUUUGACAGGAGCAUUGUCUAAACCAGCUUUUUUAAAGCCCAAACAGACUCAGAAUGUGACCAGCAAGAACAAUCCUGCAGUGUUUAUUCUACUGCACAGCCUAAAAAUACUGGAAACACUUGACGUAAGUGGUUUAAUUCAGUAUAUUUUUGGGAAGACUGAGCUGUAAUCUUAUCCUGCCAAAUGCCAACCCAAGGACACCAGCAUCAUAACCAAAUUUGAAUCCCAAACUGUUGCAGAUGAUGGAAUUCAGGCAGUGACUGCAGCUCACCUUGAUUUUUAUCUGUCUACACAACUCUGUAGUACCUGCAGUUACGUUUUUGUCUUGUGGGCAAACAAUAGGCAAGUGAGAGCAGAUGGAACACUGAAAAGGUGUUUUUAGAUGCUCCACCUGGCUAUUUUUAGGAAAGUAUUGUUCAUCAACCCUAUUUAUGCACAGUCUGAAUGCUAGUGUCUUUAAUCUUUAAAGACAAGUGAAGAAAAGUUGACUCAGUAUGUGUCAGCAGCUGCUGCCUGUCAGGGCUACGUAGGUGUUCCCAGAGUUAAAUUUGGUGGGGGUGUGUGGUAUCUCUGGUGACAUUUGCUGUCACUUGUGCUCUCACGGGACACUUACACAUCUCACACAGCCCUCUUCAUGCACAGCCAAACAGCAGAGAGGGGUUGUUUUACAGGCACAUAAAGGGAUUUUUUAAAAAUUUGCUGCGGGUUUUUACUGCGAGAGGAGCGAGGUGUUAAUGGGAGGAUGAGAGAGCACCCCAGUGUUUUGCAAGCAGAGACAUCUGAGAACAGCCAGGAAUAAAGGCUUUGUGUAUUCCCAGGGGAUUUAAUGACUGAUGGAAAAAAGAAUGAGGCAGAACACACAUGUGAGCAAAGGGGUUACAGGAGCCAUUCCAAUUUGUCAAGACAAAACUGAACAAACGUUCAGUAUCCAGUCAAUAGAUACGAUUCAUGUGACUAGAAGCUCUCAUGCCUCCCUCUCAUCUCCUCCUGUUAUCCUGUGAUUUGAAGCAUAUUUUAUGUACUGAGCACUGUUAAAGGUAUAGAUGAUGCUGCCAGUGGGCAGAAUUCUCUAGUUGCUGUGUAUUUGUUUUCUCCCAGGUACCAAAAGGGAUAAAGAACUUUUUACAAGAUACUGACUUUUGAUUCCAGACUCUUUCUGGGACCUGUUUUCCCCCUGCAUAUCAACAAAGGAAGAAAAACUUGAAAGUUCACAAAGGAACAAUUUUGUCUUCCAGUACUUGGGGAGGAAAAAAUUAUUCCUAUGAUGACAAGUAGCUUAUAUAUGCUUUUAAAACAAUGUCACUUAAAUGUGUAGCUAGGUUACAGCUCUCUUGAGGUUGCUUUUUAAAUUGAUCCCUUUUAAUGAUUAGCUUCUGUGUUCAUGUAAGAAUUAUAUCAACUAGUAUAUUAGGAAUGAAAGAAAAUUCCUAGGUUUGUGUAAUUACCAAAUGAUUUUUAGAUUGACUUUCAGGGAUACUAAUGAACCAGGACUUGUGGAUUUUCAGUACCUCUGAAUCUGAUGCUUUUUUUUCUUCUCUGUUAUACUUGGUCUGACUCAGUAUCAGAAAAUGUUAGAAGGCAGAACUUUUUUUGGGGUCAUUAAAGUUACUCUGUGACAAGUUUUACAAGAAAUCAUGAAAUUCUCAACUGCAUCAUGGAUUGCAAAUUUCUUUUGCUAUGAACUAAGUAUCAAUUUUGACAUUUAAUCUGAAAAGACAGUUCCUAGUUGCUCCAGCUGAUGAUGACAUGAUUGGUUUUCACUUAUUUGUAUUUCUUUGUUUUGUCAGGAGGUGAAAAACCCACCCAGCUGCACCCAACUGGUCCAAGUUGGUGGUAUAGCAAUAGAAAGCAUAGUCAUGCUGACAUCCAGGGAUGAUUCCAUAUCUUAAUCCUUUUAUCAGCAUUUGGCAGCCCUGAGAUUGCACCACGUUGAUUUCACCUCCUUGGCCUUUGAACAAUUUCUGUUCAUCUGAAUUGGGAGCUUGUUAAAUUAAGUGGGAUUUGAAAACAGGUUUUUGCUUUCCUCAUGAUAUUGGGGGUUUGUUUUAGCUGGGGGGUUUUAUCUUCCUAAGUAAAAUUACACAGUAAGUUGCUUGGGUUUAUUGAAAUGAAGACUUGUCUUGGGUUUUUUCCCCCCUGUUCUUAUCCUUUUAGGUUGUUACUAAAGUUUAAUAUCUUGACAUAUCACAUCCCCAGGUUUUUCAACCACACGAAAGAGGAAAUUAAAACUGAUAUUCUUGACAUUUGAGGGCUAAAGAAGCUGCUACAAAUUAGCCCUUCAUGCAUAUGUAAGAAAAUCUGUUUCUCUUGUCAGUUGGUUUUCAUUUUGAUUUAUGAAUGUAUGGAAGGAUAAAAUUCCUACAGCUCUAGACCUUGUUCAUAAUUAAGUGAUGUGCCUUUAGUUUUUGUUGUCUUACUUUCAUUAGGUACAAUUUAUGAUAGCAAGUUGAGAAAAGGAAGAGAACCAUUUAUGAAGUGCUCUUUAUAAGUAAUUAUAAUCUAUAUAUUUUUGCAGAUGCAGGUAAAGUCAUAAGGGAUUUAAAAAAAAAAAUCACAACCUUUACUGAGAUUCCCAUCUAAGCAGAAGCCCUGCUGAUAUUAAGAACAAGAAGUCCUGCUGGUAUAAUUCUUUCUAUUUUUGUGACCAUUUUAAACUGUACUGGAAAGAACUUCCUGGUAUAACAUUAUGGAAAAGUAAUUUAAGUGUCAAGACGAAUAAAUUCAGGACCACGUGUCAAUUAACCAGACUGGGAAAGUUCUAUUUGAUUUUCUUUGAGCUUCAGGAGUUUCCAUCAGCUGGGGAAUGUGGUUCCCUGGACACCAACCUGUCUAAGUGCCAGUAAUUAAUGAUACAGAGGUUGCCUGGCAGUUUGCCUCUGCUUGAAGAGUAGGUGUGUGUGAAGAGAACCUGAAAGACUGUUUCCUAGGGCAAUGAUUAGUUGUUUGCUGUCAGAAUAAAUAGGAACCACUGCAUCCAACAUCCUGCCAGCAGACACAAUGCCCAGCUUGGACUCUAGUUGUGCAAGUGUGUUAGUUAGGGCAGGAUCUUGCCACCACAACCAUUCAUUUUUCUAGCAAAAUGCCUCUUUGAAGACUUUGUCCUCACCAGUUUUCCUUGGAAGUCUUGUAGCCCCACUUAGGCUGAGUCAAAUUCAGCAGUAGCUGAUACCAGGUUUUCCUUGUUCCCUGGUAAGUCUCCUGACCUGCUGGGUGAAAUAUUAAGAAAAGGGAGGAUUUAAAAAGAUGGAGAUGGUUCAUAAGCAAGGUGGAGACUCUGCUUGUUGUAGCUUUUGGGGAUAAAUUCAGAAUGAUGCUUUGAGGAGGUUGAACUUCAGAGUUUGUGUUAGUACCACAGAGAAGCACUAAAGAGAGAGUGGAAAAAGCAUCUUUAAAGUGCAAUAGAGAGCAAAUCUGGAACUGAGAAGAAUUCUCAGCAGGCACGUGAAGGAGGUGUUUUGUUCAGCUGAGCUUGGGCAUUUAGCUGCUGCUGGCAUCAACUCAGUUCAUAUUUGUGUCAUACUUUCUCUCCUGUCUUAGUUAUUUCAGCUGUUGACAUGUCCUCCUCCAAGCUGUCCUUUCUCUUGUUUACAUUUUGCCACUGUGCAAAGUCUAAUUUAAAUGAUUGAAACCUUUUUUACUUUAAUAAAAGGUGGCUGGGUUAGAAUUGGUGAUAACUGAGAACAGGCUCACAGAAUGAUUACCCUAAUGAAAAUGCUGAUUUCAGCUGAGUGUUCUUGAUUCUGUACUGUAUUUCUUCUCAUGGUCACAGCCAUGCAAAUAAAAGUGAAUCACAGCUCAA